AUGCUCAGAGCCCCGGCCUUCACCAGCGUUUUCUUUUUCUUCCAGAGUCGCCUCCCGGGCAUCAAGGUGAAAUACCUGCUGGUGGUGUGGCUGGGCAUCUUCGUGGGCAGCUGGGUGGCGUACAUGCAUUACUCGUCCUACUCCGAGCUCUGCCGCGGCCACGUCUGCAGGAUGAUAAUCUGUGACCAGUACAAGAAAGGAAUAAUUUCUGGCUCCACGUGCAAAGACCUGUGUGAGGAGCGCAGCCUCCUCUUCCAGCACUGCCUCUCCUCCUCUCCCACCCAGCAGGUUUACAGUGGGCUUUGGAGGGAGAGGGAGGUGAUCAUCAAAUGCGGCAUCGAAGAAGCCUUGAAGGCAGACAGCCACCCAGACUCUGUGCCCAGAAGGGACAUGGUCCUCUUUGACAAACCGACACGAGGGACAUCGAUGGAUGAGUUCAAAGAAAUGCUCCUGAACUUCCUAAAGUCCAACCUGGGAGACCAGCCUUCUCUUGCAGCCUUGGUGAGCCGGAUCAUCGCCAUGGCAGAUGUGAACCGGGAUGGGAAGGUGUCUUUAGCAGAGGCCAAAUCCAUCUGGGCACUACUGCAGCUCAAUGAGUUUCUUCUCAUGCUCUCCUUGCACGAGAAAGAGCACACUUCCAAGCUGCUGGGGCACUGCGGGGAUCUCUACGUCACUGAGAAGAUCCCCCACACCUCCCUCUAUGGAGUGGAUGUCCCCCCCUUCCUCCAGUCGCUGCUGCCUUCAGUCGUCCACCAAAUCAUCCACCAGUGGUUUGCACCAGCGUGGCCCCGGCGGGCAAAGAUCGCCAUCGGCCUUCUGGAGUUCGUGGAGGAGAUAUUCCACGGGACCUACGGGAACUUCUACAUCUGCGAGACCAGCUUUAAGAACGUGGGCUACAAUGACAAAUACGACUUCAAAAUGGUCAACCUGAGGAAGGUGGCAACGGAGAUGACAAUCAGAGGUUUCCUCAAGGGACGUCACUGUGAGCAGAACGUGGACUGCACCUACGGGAAGGACUGUAUGGCGACCUGCGACAAACUCCUGAAGCAGUGCAAAAGCGACAUGGUGCAGCCCAACCUGGCGAAGGUCUGUGGGUUGCUGCAGGACUACUUGCUGUACGGAGCACCACUGGAGCUGAAAGAAGAGCUGCAGAAACAGCUCCGAACUUGCAUGACCCUCAGUGGCCUGGCCAGCCAGAUGGAAGUGCACCACUCCCUCGUGCUGAACAACCUCAAGACCUUGCUCUGGAAGAAGAUUUCAAACACCAAAUAUUCCUAACAGGGGAAGCACGGCCCUGGAGUUUAGAAUCUGCAAUCUUGGAGUAAAGUCCGAGGGUUGAAGGCCUGUUUCUCCAUCCUCUCCCGCACAGGAAAAAAUACACCCUACGCAGGGAGUUCAGCACAGCUGUAGCCCCUUCUCCUUCAUGGAAAACCAAGCAUCAAGACUUCCACCGCCCAGCAGGAUCAUCGAUACAGUCGGCAAGAGCAUGCUGUGGAGCUGGGACACCGGGAGCCGGGCUGAACGGGCUUGGGGGAAGAAGAUGACAUGGAAAGCGAUAAGGAAGCGGAGCCCAGCUGGACGCAUCUAACCGUUUCUUGAUUAACAGGAAAGCAGUGCAGAGAGACGAGAAUGAAUCAUUCAUGCUGUACUUGUCACAUCUUCUUUUGAUGAACAUCUCUGAUGUAAAUAAAUAGCUUUUACGUGAAUCACACCAGUACAUCAAUAGCGAAACGGCAGCCUUUUAAGUACCAGCUUGCUCGUGAUCUAAAAAGGAGAAGGUGGUAGAUUUCCCUAUUCAAAAGUCUCUCCUUAAGUAUUGAGUCAUCUGUCACCAGAUCCAGCUGUAACUUAGGAAGCAGAUAAGCUGUCUUUUCCACAGUGGAGAAUCCUGGCAAUUCUUUCAUUCCUUUUUUUAAGUGCCUGACCCCAGACAGAGAUGUGACGGCUCGUGCGAGGCUCCCACCCGGCUGCUCCUGCCGGCAGCCUGAAAUUGGCAGCACAGGCCAUUCCCUCUCAUGUGUCGGCUUUGGAAGCAUCUAGGGCCAAGAAUAGCUUAAAGGAAAAGGGCUACAACAUGAACAAUCCUGACCGGUUAACGUAUGCGCUCCGUGUGUUACUUCCCACAUUACUCAGUGCAGGGAUAAGCCAACCUCUCGGUUUAAUUCUCCUAAAACUAAGCUGGGCUUGCACUGCAGAGGUUAAAGAUUAAUACCAGAAUAAUCCAGUGCUUCUCCCAUUAUUAAAAUGAAUUUCCAGGCAA